UUUUUUUUCUCUUUGAGUUUACAGAAACCUAUUCACAAAAAUGGCAUCCUGGUUAUAUGAAUGUCUUUGUGAAGCUGAACUUGCACAGUAUUAUCCUCAUUUUACUGCACUUGGCCUUCAGAAAAUAGAUGAAUUAGCCAAGGUUACAAUGAAGGAUUACUCAAAAUUGGGAGUCCAUGACAUGAAUGACCGCAAACGUCUCUUCCAACUUAUCAAAAUUAUUAAGAUUAUGCAAGAAGAAGAUAAAACAGUCGGUAGCCCAGAGCAUCAUCUUCAGGUGAGCAGCCGGUACAUCAAGCCUCAGGAAUUCAGAUCUGGCCCUCGCAGACAACUGCAUUUUGAUUCUCCUUCUGACAAUAAAGACAGAACUACCAGUAAUGAGGAAUUAGAAAUGUGCAAUUUAUCAGACUUCUCUGCAAGUGAACAGAAGUCCACUUCCCUAAAAGUGCUGGAACACAUACUACCAGAUGAUUCCCAGUACCAUACCAAAGCAAGGAUUCUGAAUGCUACAGCUACUGAUUCCUAUGUGCAAACAGAAACCAACUCUUUACUCUUUUUACCACAUCACUUUUCUCCAGUACUAGGGGAUUGUGAUAUUCCCAUUACUCAAAGAGUCUCUCAUGUUUCAGGGUAUAACUAUGGAAUCCAUCAUUCUUGUAUCAGACACAACACUUCAAAGAAAGAGAAUCCUUGGACUGAGAUGGAGAAAAUCAGAGUUUGUGUUCGAAAACGCCCCCUGGGAAUGAGGGAAGUACGCCGUGGAGAAGUUAAUAUUAUUACUGUUGAAGACAAAGAAACUCUACUUGUACAUGAGAAGAAAGAAGCAGUUGACCUUACACAGUAUAUUCUGCAGCAUGUUUUUUAUUUUGAUGAAGUCUUUGGAGAGGCAUGUACCAACCGGGAUGUAUACAUGAAGACUACUCAUCCUCUCAUUCAGCAUAUUUUCAAUGGAGGCAAUGCUACUUGCUUUGCAUAUGGACAGACAGGUGCUGGAAAGACCUACACCAUGAUAGGAACUCAUCAGAACCCAGGACUGUAUGCUUUGGCUGCCAAAGAUAUCUUCAGGCAACUAGAAGUAUCCCAGUCCAGAAAGCACCUCUUUGUGUGGAUCAGCUUCUAUGAAAUCUACUGCGGACAGCUUUAUGAUCUCCUAAAUAAAAGAAAAAGGCUCUUCGCAAGAGAAGAUAGCAAGCAUGUGGUACAGAUAGUGGGACUGCGAGAGCUGCAGGUUGAUAGUGUGGAGCUCCUCUUAGAGGUGAUCCUAAAGGGCAGCAAGGAGCGUAGCACCGGGGCCACUGGAGUUAAUGCAGACUCCUCUCGUUCACAUGCUGUCAUCCAAAUUCAGAUCAAAGACUCAACCAAAAGGACAUUUGGCAGGAUCUCGUUUAUUGACUUGGCUGGCAGUGAAAGAGCAGCAGAUGCCAGGGACACAGAUAGACAGACAAAGAUGGAAGGCGCAGAAAUAAACCAGAGUCUUCUGGCACUGAAGGAAUGUAUCCGAGCACUGGAUCAGGAGCACACCCAUACUCCCUUCAGGCAAAGCAAACUAACUCAGGUCCUGAAGGACUCUUUCAUCGGCAAUGCCAAAAUCUGCAUGAUCGCCAACAUUUCACCAAGCCACAUGGCCACUGAACACACUCUGAAUACCUUGCGCUAUGCUGACCGGGUCAAAGAACUAAAGAAAGGCAUUAAGUGCUGUGCUUCAGCUACCGGUAGAAGUCAGACAUCUGGCAACUCCUCUCCAAAACGAAUUCAGAGCUCCCCUGCGGCCCUGCCAGGAGACAAAUGUUCUCCCAAAAAAGUCAAGCUGGGGCUUCAGCAGUCACUCACAGUGGCACCUGGCUCCACAGGAAGGAAGGCCCGUCCUCUAGCAAGCCACCCAUCUAACAUCCCUUUUGCUUCUGUACCUAAAACUCCUGGUAAGUGGGAUGGCUCCAGUCCUUCCCAAGAGUGGGUCAUUCAGACCAGCCCUGUCAAAGGAACCAUGCGGUCUGCACAUUUAUCCAGAAAAAAGACAGAAGAGUCAGCACCACUGGACUCUGAGAAAAAUCAAAAUGGCAGUAAAACUGCCCUUGGCUGGGGAAGCAGGGCCCCAGGCCCAGGAGAGGGCCUAGUGCACGGUAAGCUGCCCACCAAGUGCAAGAAAGUACAGACUGUGCAGCCAGUACAGAAGCAGCUGGUGUCACGAGUUGCGCGCUCCUUUGGCAACAGCCACCGAAUAGCAGAGUUCAGUCAGGACAGCACGAGGAGCACACCUGCCAGGCCUGCCUCUGAAGCGUGGACAAACAUCCCUCCACAUCAGAAGCAGAGAGAAGAGCAUUUGCGUUUCUAUCACCAGCAGUUUCAGCAGCCACCUCUCCUCCAGCAGAAGUUAAAAUACCAACCACUGGAAAGGUUUUUGUGCCAAUACAAGCCCCCAGAGGGUCAGCUGCAAAAUGAGACGACUCCUCUGUUUCAUGCUUAUUCUGAGAGCCACAAUGGAGCCCAAGUGGAAGACCUUGAUGACAGCGAUUUCAGUGAAGAUUCUUUUUCUCACGCCUCUAGUCAGAGGACCACAAAGCAAAGGAACACCCUGGAGAACAGUGAAGACUCGUUCUUCCUCCAUCAGAGGAAGCAAGGUCCUGAGGAGCCGGUGGCAGAGCAGCAGCGGAGUCUGUUUUCUAGCCCCAGGACAGACAGUAACGAGCAAAGUCUAACUGAAAGUUGGGUGUACUCCAGGGACCCCACAAGCCACAGAAGAGCAGCAUUCAGUCACAUCUGCAGCCCAAGCAAGGUGCCCUUGGUCUGGAGCAGAGAGGAGGACUCCACCUCUUCAGGGCCUUCUCCCAAAGACCCCUUGGCAGAGAAGCCUUACUGCUCACAGGUAGAUUUUACGCACAGCCAGAAAAGAGGCGGAGGCCCUGCCUUUGAUAUCAGACAGCAUACCUUGAGAAGUGAGAUUCCCGAGCAGACUGAAGGCAGCUUGCCGUCCGUUGAGGAAGAUGAUUUCACUUCCUCACUGUCCCACAUUGCUGUUCCCGGAUCCCCAGACCAAAGCGACACAGUUACUAAACCUCUGAGAGAAAUCAGCGAAGACAGCCCAGCUCAGGUGACCAGAACAGUGAAAAACAGUAGCUCUUUCCAAGGAGAAGAUUCUGGAGGGCAAUUAAGCACGUUUUUUGAAUACGCAUCUGGACUGAUGGCCCCCCUCACCGUGUCCCUCCUGGAAAACCCAGGCAAUGAGGGCUACCCUGACUUGGAGCGGCUGGCCCAGGAGGGGACUCUGUGCAGUCUUGCAGCAGAGAACAGAGAGGGGCCGGCUGCAGGCCACAUUGUGUCAGCUGGCGAUCAAGAGGCAGCCUUGCCAGUGUCUUCAGCAACGGGGCGCCUGUGGUUAUCCUCAUCCCCCCCUGACAAUAAGCCUGGUGGUGAUCUUCCAGCUCUGUCCCCAUCACCCAUCCGUCAGCCCCCUCCUGACAAUCUGCCUGACAGGGAGGCUGACCUGGGAGAGGCCUGCCAGAGCAGAGACACCGCGCUCUUCUCCCAGGAACACAUGGGUAGUGAGCAGCGUGAUGCCGAUGCUGAGGAGAUAGAGCUGGGAAACUCCUGGGGUUUCCCAGGGAAGCCCUUCUCCACCAUCUGUGUCGGGGUACCCCAUUCUGGACCAACACGCGCCCUGCCAAUAGGAAGCAGUGAUGCGGCUAAACGGCCCUGGGCCCAGGGGAGAAAACUUCCUACAAGGCUGAGUUGGCAGAAGCUUAGUUUGUCCACAGACCCCAGCAAGUUGCCCUGCAACAAUGAGAAUAUCACACAUCUCAAACACAGGCCAAUCUCAAGGUGCCUAACAAGACCAGGCUCACCCUUGGCUCCCAGCUGCUCUCCUAAGACUGCAGGGACACUCCAUCAGCCCAUCCUGGAGCAAGCACAGCAGGUUGUCAUCCGAGCACACCAGGAACAGCUGGAUGAAAUGGCCGAUCUAGGCUUCAAGGAGGAGACCUUGAGGAGCCAGCUGGCUCCUAAUGAUUUUGAAGAUUUUGUGACCCAGUUGGAUGACAUCAUGGUUCUGAAAUCCAAGUGCAUCCAGAGCCUGAGGGGCCAGCUGCAGCUGUAUCUCGCCUGCUACAGGCCAGCUGCAGCCCCUGAGAGAACAGUGGCGUCUUAGAGCAAGAUCCUCUCUGGAUGGUUGGAGCAGUGCAGGAGCCUGUGCUGGGUGGGCUCUUGGGGGCUGGUGGAGGCCCCCGCCAGGUCCUCCCUGCACAUUCCAGAACGCGUUCCCUGGUCCUGCCUGUGCUAGCCUCACACCAGC